GAGUAUGCAUCAGAAACAGCAAAUGUCUGAUUAUUGUUAAUAAAACUAUUAUCUGAUAAAAAUUAAAACUCAACUUAAAAAUUUGUUCUUUGUGGACUACGGCGCCUUGUGAGGCACAGUCGCCUGUUCGGGCAAAGUUUCACAGCAUCGAACACACAAUUUGAUCGGUCUCCGCACUCAGAACAAUUCCUUCCAAUAACUAACUUCCGCAGCGCACGAGCAAUGAGUACCGCCAAAGUUGUUAAGGAAGGCAGAGCUAUGCUGGCUCCAGACGUUUCCACCGAUAAGGUGUUUUACAAUCCGGUGCAGGAAUUCAAUCGGGAUCUCAGUUGCCUGGUACUUACCGUCUUUUUUGAGAAGCUGAAGCUUCGUCAUGAGGAUGCCGUGAAGCGACGAAACGCCAAGGCCUCGGUUAAUUCUGGAAGCGUCGAAAACCACAACGACAAUAAAAGUGAAGCAGGCGUUCCUAAUGGAACGAAGACAGACGCUGGUAAUGCUAAGCCAUUUAGCGCGAAAAUCUUGGAUGUGAUGGCAGCAACGGGACUUCGCACCUGUCGAUAUGCUCUGGAAGUUCCCUAUGUUACUCAGGUUGCCGCUAACGAUUUCGAUCCGGUCGCAUGCGAAAGUAUCCGUAGAAAUGCUGCUCAUAACAAUUGUGACAAGAUACAAGUGUAUCAAAAGGACGCUCGCGAACUGAUGCUGACGUUCGGUUUCCAGCGAAACUAUUUCCAUGCCGUCGAUUUGGACCCCUUUGGAACAGCGGCGCCAUUCUUUGAGGGAGCAUUACAGUGUGUGGCCGACGGGGGAUUACUGAUGGUUACAUGCACCGAUACGGCCAUUCUGUGCGGAAAUUAUCCAGAAGCCUGUUACGCCAGAUACGGUGCCACUUCCGUUCGCAAUCCAGCACAUCAUGAAAUUUCCUUGAGGAUUGUGUUAAAUGCGAUCGCUUCGAGAGCAAUGCUGCAUGAAAGAUACAUUGAGCCUUUACUAUCUUUACGGGAAGGACAUUAUGUUCGGCUGUUUAUAAAAGUUAGCCGUGGCGCACUGGAAGCUAAGGAAACGGUCCGCAAUAGUGCGCUGAUAUACAACUGCAAUGUUUGCCAUGAUUUUACGUUACAGCCGCUCUGUGAAAAACCGAAAGGAUAUGCAAAUUCCCACGUUCUUUCGAGUAAUAUAUGCGAAAUUUGUGGAACUAAUUUGAAGAUUGGUGGUCCAAUAUGGAGCGGUCGCAUUCAUGAUGUCUCCUUUGUCACCGACUUGAUUUCUGAAUUGACGUCGCAUCCGGAUAGGUUUGGAACAGAAAAAUUACUAGCUGGAAAAUUGGCGAUGGUGCAGGAGGAGAUGCCAGACCGCCCUUUGUAUUAUGUUGCAAAGGAUAUGUUCAAAGUCGUACACUGCAAUCCCAUACCAAGCAAACAGCUAUUAUCUGCCAUUUUACAUGCCGGAUACACCUUUUCAUUGUCCCAUUGUGAAAGAGAAUCACUGAAAACCAACGCCCCGAAGCAAGUGAUGUGGGAUAUUAUUCGCUGUUGGGUUCAAAAGCAUCCAGUUUCCGCUGAACGAAUGGAGGACGCUAAAAUCAGUCGAAUACUUAGUAAAACACCCAGCAUAACUGCCAACUUCGCUCCUCGUCCCGAUGCCGAUUUUGAAUCGCGACGCAAGAAGGUGUUACGCUUUCCUGAACUGAGCCAAAAAGGUCCUAUGGCUAAACCCAAGGGAUCUGGACAACAGAGGGAACAUUCUCCGAGUUACUCAACUGAAGCAAAAAGGCUUAAAACAGACGAUGUUUGAUAUGCGUACUUUUUUAGACAAAUGUCGGUGACUUGUUGUAAAGCGUGUUUUUAUUAAUCGCGGUAAUGGCGAAUGGCGAUCCAGUUGUUCUUUACCGUUAGCUUAUUAAAGCCUUAUUUGGUAACUGACAAUGUCAGUCUGACACUUGAGUUUU